AUGUAAGUGGAAUAAAUCUUUUCUCUAUAUAUUUCUUUCUACAUAAAAAAAAGACAAUAGUUUUUAUGCUAUCUUUCUUCAGCUAAAAAUUAUUGACGCCUGUCUAUAUUUGGACAAUACAGUAUCCAUACUUGUAGAGAUAAAUAGUAAAGUUAGAUAUAUAAAUUGUUUUAAUGUUUAGAAUAUUCUCUUUCUUCUUUUGUUUACAUAUUAAGUUCUAUAUUAUUCUGAGAAACUAUUCAAAAUAUGGUGGUAGUCAUUUACCAGAUAGUAUAGUCAUGGAGGAAAUUGAAAAUGUUAAGGGUAGACCUUAUUUCUUUCAUACUCUAUUAAACAUUGGAACAGUUUUUAUACAUGAUGAAGAGAAACUUUAUCAUUCGGUUGAUAGAGGAAGAAAUUUAAGAAUCUUAAAUCAUGAACAGAAUAAUAAACAAAUAUUUACAAACGGAACAAAACCAUUUAGAAAGCACAUUAGACAAACAAUUAGUAAUUCAAAUGGUUAUUUUAUCAUAAUUGAAUCAAAUAGAAAGAUAUAUUUUGGAUAUGAUUGCGUUUAUCCAAUAUUUUAUGAGAAUAAAAAUAUUCUACCUCUAAAUGAUGAGGUUGUAGUUUUACUUGAGUCGUUUAUAUUUAUUUUGGAAUUUAAUAGUAUUGGAUAUUGGGAAAUGAGGCCAAUGAAUGACAACAAUAAGGUCGAAGUUAAUAACAUUUGUAAAUUUUCUUGGGAAUCAAUAGAUGUGAAUGAAAAUCAAAGAGAGUUGAUUUUUAUGGAUUUACAAAAGUUGUCAAUUAUUCAAAAAAUCAUUAAAGCUGAUCCUUUAAUGACUAAUAGUAUAGUAAUUAUCCUAUUUAACAGAGUAGAAAAUUACUGAAAGAUAACUUUUAAUAAAAAAUAACAGACGACUAUCUCCCUUAAUCCAAAUUUUCGCUCCUAUAUAAAAAGAGAUAACAAUCCAUCAACCAUAGUUUGUACAUUCAGAUAAUAUAGUCUUUUUAAUAUUAUUCCUACAUAUAAACAUAUACAUACAUGUAUAUGUUUAUAUAUAUAUAUAAUUAUAUAUCAUUUCCAAAAUAGAUUAUCGAGAUGAUUAACUCAGCUAACGACAAGGAACAAAUAGGAAAUAUCCUCAUUACUCAUAGAAUGAAUUUUGGUCAAUGUAAUGCUAGAAAGGCAUCCAAAAUUGUAACAAUAACUUCCGGUUGUCCACCUACAAAGCACAUCCGAUUAGUUAGUAAGAAAUACGAAUUACUCACUCCUGCUCAAAGGUACCUACGAGAAUCUGAGAAGAUGAGUGAUGGAGAAUUAGUAAGAAGUAUGAGUAAGGAUGAAAUGGCUGAUUAUCAAAUGGGAUAUUACAAUUAUAAUAAAUAUGGAUGUCCUUGGCGUAUAUUCUAUUCGAUAGGUUUUAGACCAAAAUUUGAUAUAUAUGAAAACAAUGAAAGAGUUAAAAGAUACGAUGGCGAUUUCACAAUAUUCGAAACAAGAGGUUUAAAAUUAUACAGAUAUAACAAAAAAGCAAAGGAUGUAGGUUGUAAGAAACCGGCACAAAAUUGGAGAGAAAUGCUUAGAAUUAAUAGCAAUCCGGAAGAAGCGUGGAAUAGAAGUAACUAUGAGUCAUGUUUCAAAUCAAAUGAACAAGAAUUCGAUAGUAAACAACUUAAUGAAGAAUAUGAAAUAUUAAAUUCAAGUAGCGAUAAUUAUAUCGAUUUGAACGCAUUUAAUGGUAUUCUACUAUUUGACGUUUACGGAUUGGAUAAGAGGGAAACGUCUUGCUAUUUAAAAACUAGUUUCGCAAUAGAAGUCUACGGUGCCCCAGUUCGGUCGAAUUUGACCCCUCUAGCAGUUAGUUCAGGUGUAUUGGGCGGCGGUUUUCUAGUUGUUUAUGCUUGCUUCAUGCUCACUAGUAAGAGAAAAUUAGAUAAGAUAAAAGAGCAAGCAUUGAAUGAAACUCUUCAAUGUAAGAUUUUUAAAAUAAUUAUUAAAUAUGUUUAAUAAUUUUUCAAUAUUCUCUCCCUCUUAAAUCCUAUCCAAUCUAACAUCUUAUACCUAUAAUUCACCUCUCCUCCUCUACCGUCAAUUUUAAUUUAUAGCAAUAAAUUUGGAUAAAUUCAAAGAGAAACUAUCGAUAAAAUUAGAUAAUAAAAAUUCACUAGUUAAAAA